AUGUUAUCCGCGAUUCCUGAUUGUAUUUAUUGUGGAGCGAAGCGACUUCAAUAUGAACCUCCUGGAUUUUGUUGUUGUAAGGGUGAAGUUGUUCUUGUGGCGAACGGAAUGCCACCGACUUUAAAGGCAUUAUACACCAGCCCUGAUAAGAGCUACAAUAAUUUCCGUUCGUGCGUUAGGACUUACAACAACACGUUUGCUUUUACUUCGCUUGGUAUUCAUAACUAUGAAAAAGAUUUGUGUAGGAGAAAUAAAGGCAUUUAUACUUUCAAAGUGCAAGGACAAAUUUACCAUUUUAUAAAUGACUUAUUGCCUGAUGGUUGUCCCCCCCGCAAUCUACAACUCUAUUUUUACGACACUGAUCAUGAAGUAGAGAAUAGAGUUUGCGAAGUUGGUCAUUUAGAUGAGAAAAUUGUCUCAGAUCUUAUCGAGGUCAUGUCUCACAACCCAUAUGCUAAAUUCUUUCGGAGUCUUAAGGAUCUUGUGCAUUCUGAUGAGUUUAGCAUUUCGCUGCAAUCAUGUCCUUCGCUUGACCAGAGGAUUUAUAAUGCACCAACAACUUCUCAAGUUGCUGCAGUGUGGAUUGAAGAUUUUGAGGGCUCUGGAGAUAAUAGGAACAUAAGGGUAUACGCACACAGUGGUCGUGCUCAGAAUAUCCAAUAUUAUUAUGGUUGUUAUGAUCCAUUACAGUACCCUUUGUUGUUCCCAUUCGGUGAUGCUGGAUGGCAUGAGGGUAUUGAACGAGUUUUUCCAAACAAUACUUCAACUCGCAAUACAUAUGCCAGUGCAUUGUAUAUCAAUGCUAAUGAUGUAUCAAAUGUUGAAGAAUUACUUCAAGCUGAGGAAACUGUAUUCCGAGAAGGGAAAAAACGUCGUUCAGUAUCUUGCAGGGAAUAUUACGCAUACAAAUUUCAAAUGCGUUCAGGUGACACAUCAUUAUUACUACAUACUGGCAGACUGUUUCAACAAUUUAUUGUUGACAUAUAUAUCAAGGUCGAAACACAACGUCUUGAUUAUUUUAGGAAGAAACAACAACUUUGUAGGUCAGAGAAUUUUCAAGGGUUGGUUGACAGUGUCAGUACCGGUGCGGUAUUUGGUAAUGAUGUUGGUCGCAGAGUUAUCUUACCUUCGUCGUUCAUUGGAGGACCUAGGGAUAUGCGUGGGCGAUAUAUGGAUGCGAUGUCACUUGUCCAAAACUUUGGUAAACCAGAUUUUUUCCUAACUAUAACAUGCAAUCCAAAUUGGCCAGAAAUUAAACGUCUUUUGGAAUUCAAUGACGAGGCACAGAAUAGGCCAGAUUUGGUUGCAAGAGUAUUUCAUGCUAAAUUGCAAGAAUUAAAGAAUGACAUUACAAAAAAACAUUUCUUUGGUGAGAUUUCUGCAUACACAUAUGUGAUUGAAUUCCAAAAAAGAGGUCUUCCACAUGAUAAUUUCCUUAUUAUUCUCAAAAACAAAUCCAUGAUGGCGUCGUCUUCUUUUGUUGACGAAUACGUGUGUGCAGAAAUCCCAAAUAAGGAAACGCAGCCAACGUUGUAUGACCUUGUAAAAAAACAUAUGGUUCAUGGCCCUUGUGGUUCUCUUAAUCAAACAUGUCCUUGCAUGGUCCAAAAGAAAUGCCAAACUUCACCCUCUUGCAAAAGCAAGUACCCUCGUUCAUUCUGUCCUGAGACUAGGUUUGAUGAUGACUCAUACCCUAUUUAUAAGAGGCGAAAUACCUCUUUUUUUGUUCAGAUUAAAGGGUUUAAGCUUGACAAUCGAUGGAUCAUUCCGUAUAAUCCUCAAUUAUUGUUGAAAUUUGAUUGCCACAUAAAUGUUGAGGUUUGUGCAACCAUUAAGUCUGUCAAGUAUAUAUACAAAUAUAUUUAUAAAGGCCAUGAUAGAGUUCGCAUGUCUUUGGCUGAUAACAUAAGCGAUUAUGUGAUUGACGAGAUUAAAGAAUACCAGAAUGCACGAUGGAUUUCUCCCCCUGAAGCUGCAUGGCGAAUAUAUGGUUUUGCAAUAGCCGAGCUAAAACCCGCUGUUAUUCAAUUGCAAGUGCAUUUGGAAAAUUCCCAAUAUAUAAAUUUUUAUGGACAUGAAAGAAUAAUUCAUAUUGUUAGUAGGGAAGAAGCAUGUCGUACCAUGUUGACAGAAUUCUUUUCUAUGAAUCUAGCAAAUGAAUAUGCGAAAAUGAUGAAUUUGCUUUAUGUUGAAUUCCCUUGCCAUUUUGUUUGGUGCAAAUCAACAAAGUCUUGGAAGCCAAGGAAACAACUGAAGGUCAUCGGUAGGCUUGUAACUGUUAACCCAACUGAAGGAGAACGAUACUAUUUGCGAAUGUUGUUGAUGAACGUAAGGGCACCCACAUCGUUUGAAUCCUUAAAAACUGUUAAUGGUUACUUUGCUGAAACUUUCCGUGAGGCAGCUGAAAAACUCGGACUUUUAUCUGGAGAUUCAAUCAUUGAACAAUCACUAGAUGAAGCGUUGCUAUUCCAAAUGCCAUCGAGUUUGAGGAAGUUAUUUGCAAUGCUUCUGAUCUUUUGUGAUCUUUCAAAUCCUCGUUCACUUUGGAUAAAAUACAAAUCUUACAUGUGCCAAGACUUCUUAAGGAAUGGAUUGCACACGAUUGAUGAAAGUGAAUCAUUAGUCCUCAAGUUGAUUGCAAACAACUUGCACAAAAUGGGAAAAAACUUAUAUGAUUACAACUUGGUUGAUACGUUUACUGAACUUGAUAUAGCAACAACAAUGACUCAUGAAAUAAUGUAUGAGCGAAGUUUGGAAGUUAGCGAGUCUGACUUGGCAGGCGUGCAGAAGUUGAAUGCUUGCCAACGUGCAGCAUUUGACACUAUCAUUGAAAAUGUCUUUGCGAACAAAGGCGGCAUAUAUUUUGUUGAUGGACCAGCAGGGACAGGCAAAGGCGGCAUAUAUUUUGUUGAUGGACCAGCAGGGACAGGCAAGAGCGGCAUAUAUUUUGUUGAUGGACCAGCAGGGACAGGCAAGACUUUUAUAUAUUUUGUUGAUGGACCAGCAGGGACAGGCAAGACUUUUCUAUAUCGAUGCUUACUGGCGACAGGGACAGGCAAGACUUUUCUAUAUCGAUGCUUACUGGCGACUGUUAGAUCUAGGGGUUUUCUUGAUCGAUGCUUACUGGCGACUGUUAGAUCUAGGGGUUUUCUUGUUCUUGCAACUGCAACUUCUGGAAUCGCCGCAUCAAUACUUCCGGGCGGUCGCACUGCACACUCUCGUUUCAAAUUGCCACUCGAUGGGGAUGAUAAACACAUUUGCAAUAUAGGCAAACAAACUGCUGAGGCCCGAUUACUCAAAGAAUGCAAAUUAAUUCUUUGGGAUGAGGCUUCGAUGGCAAAUCGAAAGAUUAUUGAGAGUCUUGAUACAAGCUUAAAGGAUAUUAUGGAGUGUAAUGAUUUAUUUGGUGGAAAAGUCAUUGUAUUUGGAGGUGAUUUUAGGCAGACACUGCCAAUUGUAAGGCAUGGAAAAAAAGAAGAUUUUAUUGAAGCAUGUUUAGUUAAGUCAAGUUUGAUAUGGCCACACAUUCGACGAUUGACUUUAACGCAAAACAUGCGUGCACAGGAAGAUCAUACCUUUGCUGAUUAUUUAAUGAGGAUUGGUAAUGGUUCAGAAAAAAUGGAUUUGCAAAACAAGAUCAAAGUUUCAUCUCAUUUUCUAAUUAAAAAUAAUGGUUGUAGACCACCAUUAGACGUUCUGUUUGAAUCUGUCUACCCAGAUUUGGGCUUAUUUUCCAAUGAUCCAUACUCAUUGAUGGAAAGAGCAAUAUUGACAACAAAGAAUGAAUUUGUUGACGAAAUUAAUUUUCUCUUGUUAGACAAGUUCCCUGGUGCAAAUAAGACUUACAUAAGUUAUGAUGAACCAAGUGAUUCAAAAUAUUUACAUUGCCAAGAUUAUUUACACACAUUGUCUCCUGCUGGAUUGCCUCCACAUAUGUUGUGCUUAAAAAAAAGUUGUCCUGUGAUAUUACUAAGGAAUCUCAAUCCAUGUGAAGGUUUGUGCAAUGGUACAAGGCUUAUAUGUGAUGCGUUUGGAGAUCAUAUCAUAAGUUGUGUUAUUGCAGUCGGAGAAUACAAGGGUAAACAUGUAUUGAUACCUAGGAUACCACUUCAGACAUCGAAGGAUGAUAAAUGUGUCAUUCCAUUCAAAAGAACUCAAUUCCCGAUAAAAGUUUGCUUUGCAAUGACAAUUAAUAAAUCAUAA